AUGGCUGGUCCCAGAAUAGCCUGUAUUGGGGUGAUUGGGAAAGCUGACAACCCCCUCCACAUUGCCCUGUUCCCACCCUAUUCAGAUGCGAUGAUUGAAUUCUCGUUCCUGCUUAAUUCAUGCCUUGACAUAUUUGAAAUCCGGCGGAAGCAAACCUCUAUCGACCAAGACCUCGGCCUCCUUCAUGCCAUCGAUGAAAGGCUGGCAGCCUAUGGCUGGCUCACAACCACGGGUGUGAAGCUUUUGGUUAUUGUGGAUCUUUUUGGUCCUGAGGCUACCAGCGCCAGACUUCCAGGUCCUGCAGUCAGUGGUCUUAGGGAUUCAGAUCUCAAACCAGCAUUUCGGGCCCUGCAGAGCGCAUAUAUCAACCUUCUUCAAAACCCAUUCUACUCCCCAGAUGACCAUGUCCCUAUCCAAGGGGUUACUGCUGGGUCAGCCUCCUCCUGCCAGUCCAUUUCGAAUGCCAGGUUCAUAGCAGAUGUUAAGCGCAUAGGUGAAACCUGGGUGCCAGGUGCUGGAUUAUGA